CGGAGAAGAGUUCCAGCGCGGGAGGUGGGGUGAGAGGUCACGAUGAGUCUUACGUAAAAGGCGCCUUAGCGCGCGGCGGGAACUGGAGCUCGGCCAGGAAAGAGGGGUGUGUCCAGGCGGCCCUGAGCUCCCUUUGAUUGGCUGGAAGGAUGACGAGGCAUUUACAGUCGGCCUUACGGCAGCGGGAGCUUGCGUCAGUUAUGCGCUUUCGGGGUGGGAAGAGAGGGCGUGUCUGGCAGCUCAAGGGGCCCGCUGAUUGGUUGGAAGGUGCUGGAGCCGGGCGGCUCCGCGGGCCACAGAAGGGCGGCACCGAGGACCAGGUCCCGGAGGUGAGGACCGGCUUCAGUGAGACUAUCAUGGCAGCUCGGGCCGGUCAGGGGGCCCUGAGAAAGGUGGUUGCGGGAUGCCGUCCAAAGUCGACAGCAGCGGCCGGAACCCCGGCUCCGGCGCAGAGGCCUACCCGGAACGUCAGAUAUUCUAUGCAGGAAAUGUAUGAUGUGGUAUCAGGAAUGGAAGAUUACAAGCAUUUUGUUCCUUGGUGCAAAAAAUCAGAUGUAAUAUCAAAGAGAACUGGAUAUUGCAAAACACGAUUAGAAAUUGGGUUUCCACCUGUGUUGGAGCGCUAUACAUCAGUAGUAACCUUGGUGAAACCACAUUUGGUAAAGGCAUCCUGUACUGACGGGAAACUUUUCAAUCAUUUGGAGACUGUUUGGCGUUUUAGCCCUGGUCUUCCUGGCUACCCAAGAACUUGCACCUUGGAUUUUUCAAUUUCUUUUGAAUUCCGCUCCCUUCUGCACUCUCAGCUUGCCACAUUGUUUUUCGACGAAGUUGUAAAGCAGAUGGUAGCUGCCUUUGAAAGAAGAGCGUGUAAGCUGUAUGGUCCAGAAACAAAUAUACCUCGGGAAUUAAUGCUUCAUGAAGUUCAUCACACGUAAAGGGAAAAAAGAACUGGUCACCUGUUUAUAACUUUAUUCACUUUUAGGAAGUGCUUUUAUCAUUUGCUUUCAGAAGUUAGAAAGCAUUUGUUAAACCCAGCUUUGAUUAUAAACCUACACCGUUGAGAAUUUGCACUUGGAAUAUGGAACCACGUGUACACAGAAUUCAAUCAAGUGUAAUUCAAAGUAAUGUGUUUAUUAGCAUAUUUACAAUAGUAGGAUGUCAUCACUUUUAACCAGAAAUUGAAACUGUAAACUUAAACCUUUUAAUUAUGACCUUACCUGAAAGUGGUUAGUUAAGAUACUCACACGGUAUGUAUUAUGUUAACCAUUAUCACCUUUAAGUUAUUAAAUUCAGACUAUUUAUAACUUAUUGUCAUAGGGCCUGCCUCUUGGCUUAGGAUAUUCGAGUAAUCAUCAGAUAUUUAAAAUAGAAACUUAGACUUAAAAAUACUGUUAAUGAAGGUUCCUUGGCACUUUUCUUAUUUUUAAAUUAUUCUUAUGGGUAGUAGGUAAUACAGUGCUAUCAAUAGUGAGAUUAACUCCCAGAUUAAACAGUGAAUAUUUUUUUGGUGAGUGGUCCAGAUCUUUAAGCUACCUUUCUUGUAGUUUGCAGCCCUCUCCCAGGUACUUUGACUGCUUUCAGUAAUGCUGAUUAUGUGUCCAGUUUUGUCUACAACAGUGGGCAACACAUGAAGAUAAGUUGGUUGAUAGAUCUCCAGCACCAUGCAUCCCUAUUUUCUAUUUAUUGUGUGUAUUCACUUUCAAUAAUGUAUUUCAAACAUAUUUUUGUAAACAAAUUAAUGUCUAAGGAGUGAAGUAGUAACUUAAUAAAGUUAAUUUGUUUAUUUUUUGUACAGUUA